AUGUAUGAAGAUUAUGAUUUCUCAUAAGAUGAAAAAUGGAAUCAAUUUAUUGAAUAGGCUGAUUAAUCAAUGUAGAAUAUAGAGUAUAUACAUAUUUAGAUCGAAGGAGAGAUUGGAAUAUUUAAAAUAAAUUUGGUAUAAAGAAAAUGUGAAUAAAAAACAUAAAAUAGAUAAUAAUAAAAUAUCAAAUGUUAAAGAGGAAUCUAAAUUACCAUAUUAUAUAUAUAGUACUGAAAAUAUAUUCAAAAUGUCAUUUAUGCUUUUGUUAUUCAUGUAAGGUGUAGCAUAGAUAUUUGGAUAUCUUUUCAAUUUUUUAGCUUUGUAAAGAUAAAUAAGAAAUACAAAAAUCUAAUAAAAAAGAUAAUAUGUAAAUCUCUUAAUAAAUAAUGAAUUCUUUCAUAAUUUGGUAUUUUUAUUCUUAUUUCAUUUUUUUGAAAGAAUGCACAAUAUAUUAGUUUAUAGUCCAAUUCUUAUGCAUUCUUGGGUUGGAAUAUCAGAAUUUCUGUUUCUUCAUCACAAAUCAAUUUAUGAAAGUAGCAAAUUUUUAUAAUAUAUAGUAUAGAAAUGUAAAGCUAUAUUGAUAAAACUAAAUAAAAUAAGGAACUCAUUUUGAUACAAAAAUAAAAGGUGGAAAUAAUUUUAUUUCCUGUUCUUUUGAUUGCUAAACUUUUCUUUGAAACUGGUAAUUGGGUUUUAAUAAUUAUAUAUCUCAUUUUUCUUAAAAUGAAAUACCAUAAUAAUAAUAGAUCGAAAGUUGCUUGGAUUUAAAUUGAUUAUUAUAUUGAAUCCAAAUUACCAUUAUUUGUUGUGCCUACUUAUAGAUAAAUGAGAUAAAUAGCUAUACAUUUAUUUUUGGAUUGA